AAUCCACGGCAGUGUGAGAGGAAAGAGAUCGAUCUGAAGUCGUUUGUUCACUGUGGCUCUUCCAUGUGUAGAGAGGAAUACAUUCACGAGUUAUAGGAACUAAGGACCAUGACCGAUCUGACAACUUACGGCGAGGCACCGGGUCCGGGUUCCUUGGACAUGAUGGAAAAUGAAACAUACAUGUUGCACAACAACAUGACACCUACUGAAAUAUGGCGCCAGAAUGCCUUCGUGAACGCUUUGACCAUCACCCGCAACAUCUAUGUGCCGACCAUUGUUAUGAUAGGUUUGACAGGAAACUUCUUGUCCCUUGCCGUGUUUACAGCCAGCCAGCUCCGGCAUGUUUCAUCAUCCGGGUAUCUUGCUGCAUUGGCAUGCGCAGACAACCUCUUCCUGUUAUCGCUGCUGGUGACGUGGUUGGACGGAAUAAUACCGAUCAUGGUAUCAAAAGAGGCAUGUCGGUUCAUCAUCUUCAUCACUUACAUAUCCAGUUUCCUUUCCGUGUGGAACGUGGUGUGCUUCACGAGCGAACGAUAUAUCGCGAUAUGCCAUCCCCUUCACGCACCGAUAAUCUUCUCAAAACUGCAGGAGAAGUAUGUUGUCAUCACAUUUGUCAUACUAUCAGGUGUCCUUUACAACUUUGCUCUAUGGACGACUGAAAUCCAACCCUACAUGAACCGCAUUCUUUGUGCCAGUAACCCAACGUUCUUUUUCCUUAUGAAUAUCGUAACGUGGAUGGACACAAUUCUCACCAUGAUUCUCCCAUUCCUCCUCAUCCUCUUCAUGAACGUCCGUAUCGUGUGGCGAGUCAUCCGGUACCAACGAAAGCGGGAGAGUGUCCUCCAAACCCACCAGACCGCCCUAAGGAACAAAUCGCAGAUGAGGAUCACCCGAACAUUAUUACUUGUGUCCACCACCUUCCUCGUCCUCAACCUACCCAGUCACGUGAUCCGACUGAAACAGCUGAUUGCAGCUUCCUACAACUACAACUCCCUCUACCGGAAGUUAAUACAAGAGAUUGUUCAACUGGUGUAUUAUUCGAACUUUAGUGUAAAUUUCUUCCUGUACGCCAUAUACGGAAAACAUUUUAAAAAAUCAUUGAAGAUGCUGAUCACAAAUAUGUGCCGCAGAAAGAAGACAUUUUCCCGUGAUAGAUACCGUUCGGACUUCAACCGGACGUCCACAACAUCAAUGCAGGCGUACUCCAGGUGACUAGUCGUAAAGGAAAGCAAGUUAUGACGGUUGGUGAAACCUAUGGUGCUGAGGCGGGAGUGACGUGUGCUUAUCAUUAGAAGCAAGUAGAUAUAUCGAGACAUGUUUUUGUAAUGACGAUCUGUUACAGUGAACGACUAUAAAGAAUAUGUUCUUGUCGCAAUAACCAACUUUAGUGGUGAUCAGAUGUGCAAUAUCCAAUCAUGGCGGAUACUUGGUUUUCAACUAUGAAAAAUUAGGACCAGGACUACACAUUUCGGUUACGGAGUUGAUGGUAAUGUCCUGCACACUUGACAACAGCAAACGUGGACGGACGAUAUUCCGCUGUGUAGGAACGGUGUGGUGAUUUGGAGAAGCUUUUAAGUGAGACUAUGAAGCAACGGAGAUAGGAUCUACAGCUGUGUAGGACCUUAUCAGUGAUGUCAAGCUAUCCGUGUGUGAUAACGUCAAGGUGACGAUGGUCACGUAUGGUGUAAGAUACGAAUGAUGUUCAGCUUAAGGACCUUAUACGUGACAAUAUCCUGCUAUACGAUAAUGAUGUGUGACCUUGGAAGAUCUAUGCGCUGGAGUGAAAAUGUUGUGCAGGAACGUACGAGUAAGAACGUUAAAGUGGCAAUAUCUUUGACCAGAUAUGAAGGAACCUUAUGUGACUAUAUCAACACCAAGAAUGAUGAUGCCAUGUUGUGGAGGAACCGAUAAGGUACACCUCAAGUCCUUGAGUACAAUGUCCAUUUUUGAUCGGUGUAUCCCAUCUAAAUCCUGGAGUAAAGAUGACCAUUUGUGAAAGAGGAUCAUAUGUUUGACGAAGUCAGUUUGUGGAGCUACCUGCAAGUUACUGUAUCCAGUCCAAAAGUGAUUAUGUUCAGUUGUGGAUCAAACUGUGCGUGACUAUAACAUUCCUUGGAAAUGUUUAUCUUUGCCAGUUUUAAAAUGUGGCUGAUAAUAUCUACGUCAUGGUUACGUGCAUAGUUGCUUGCCUUCGUUAUGCCAGGAUUUGCUGAUCAUCAGUUUGAAUUUCAGGUUAUGUUCUCUGGUUGCAUCAAAAUGGCAUACACUUUUAACCGCAUCAUUUUGGAUUCUUCAUUUGGCUCACACGGCGAAAUACCACUGAAUAUAUUGUUAAAUUCCACCUUACUGAAGGGCACUAUUUCACACCACACUUAUCUGAAACUAAAUAAUACUUUUCUCUCAAUAAUAAUACUCAGGGAAGCUACCAUAUGAUUAAUUCCCAAACCAAUUAUGUAUUUAGAUUA